AUACACCCGAAAGUCCUGAAUUUGUCUUCCAGCGCCAGCUUAAUUUCAGAGCGAAUCUUGCGAUCUCAACAAAUAAUUUGACACUAGGGUUUGCCUCACGAGUUUCAAUCUCCACAAAUAAUUGCCUUCCAACAAUGAUCCGCUCAACAAGAAUUCUAGGGCUUGCCCCACGAGUUGCAGCGGCGAGGGCCACGGCUUUGUGGCCGCAACUGUACCACGAGAGGGUCGUGGACCACUACAAUAAUCCCCGCAAUGUCGGCUCCUUCGACAAGAACGAUCCCGGCGUCGGCACAGGCUUGGUAGGCGCCCCGGCCUGCGGCGACGUGAUGAAGCUUCAGAUAAAGGUCGACGAUCAGACCGGGAAGAUCGUUGACGCGUGCUUCAAAACCUUCGGUUGUGGUUCCGCUAUCGCCUCAUCUUCUGUGGCAACGGAAUGGGUGAAAGGGAAGCAGAUGGAGGAGGUGCUAUCAAUCAAGAAUACGGAAAUCGCCAAACAUCUUUCCCUUCCUCCUGUGAAGCUCCAUUGUAGCAUGCUGGCAGAGGAUGCCAUAAAGGCCGCUGUGAAGGAUUAUGAGGCAAAGCGGGCAAAAUUAUCCCCAAGUAAGCAAAGAGGCAGCGGAGGCUUGAUCAAUUUUAUUGGAGACAAAGCAGCAAUCGUGUAAAAGAUUAGAAUUGUCUGAAUAAAGGACUGUAAAAUACAAAUACAUGCUACUUCUGAGCUUCCUUUUCUCUUAUGCUUUAUAUUGGGGUUCUGCAGUUCUGCUGUGUAAAAUGGACCUUGUGGUGUUUUUUUAAUGUUAUAUAUUUGUUCAGUACUGGUUGGUUGAUGCGCAUGCUUAUUCAUCGACUUCAUCCUUAAAUGACACUAGACAAAUGACCCGUGCACGGUAUAUAUCUAGAGUUAAAUAAUAACUUGA